AUGUCAGGUUCCUCUAAACCAGAUCCACUCAUCUCACUCUUCAAAUCCAUUGGACUUACUCAAGCAAAAGCUAACGAAGCAGCCAAGUCACCGAAGGCAGCGGCCACUUUGAAGAACUUGAUCGAUAGAUAUUCGCUAAACUCGAGAAAUGAUGUGAACGAAAAAAAUGCCGGUCUCAUUGCAGCGCUAGCAGGACAGUUGGCCAAGUCGGACUGUAGUAAUGAUACCGAAAAAUAUGUCCUCGAAAAGAUUCUCGAUGGAAAGCUCAAGUCAGUCGAUCAGGUUACAGCUGCGGUGAAAUAUGUGACCUGUCAUUCUACAAUUAGUGACGCCGAGUUCAACGAGGAAUGUGGUGUUGGCUAUUCAAUCACACCAGAAGAACUCUUGGAUCGUGUAUCUGGAUUUGUUAGUUCCAAUUCAGUCUCUGGUUGGGAUAAGCUGGGCCAGACCAUUAGCGGUGUGAAGGCUAUACCUGCGUUACGCUGGGCUAGCCCACUUGAAAUCAAGAACGCAGUUGAAAGCACCUUCCUCAAGGCAUUUGGAUCAAAGGAAACAGGUAAACCGAAAGGGAAGGAGUCGAACCAACCUUCAAGGCCCACGAAGGACCAAGGAAAUAAAACCUCCGACACGACCUCAAUGCAGAAAACGGUCUUUGAAGAAGGUUUUCUCGGCGCUUUGCACAAGCCCGGUGAUAAUCCGCAGAUUCAUCCCCACCUCAGAGAACAACAUCUGGCAGCGACCAGUGGUCAAGUUUGGACGAGAUUUCCUCCUGAACCUAAUGGCUAUCUUCACAUCGGUCACUCUAAAGCCAUUUUUGUCAACUUCGGUUACGCCGCACACCAUGGUGGAAAAUGCUACCUUCGAUACGAUGAUACAAACCCAGAGAAAGAGGAAGCACGAUACUUCGAAAGCAUUCUCGAGACGAUUCGAUGGCUGGGUUUUGAGCCUUGGAAAAUCACCUAUUCGAGUGAUUAUUUCGACGAGCUGUAUGAACUCGCAGUUGAGCUCAUUAAACGCGAUAAGGCCUACGUAUGUCAUUGCACUCAGGAGCAGAUCAAGUACGAUCGGGGUGAUCGAGGAGAGGGACAAAAACGCGAGAAACCUCGGGCGUGUUCACACCGUAAUCGUGCCGUUGAAGAAACAUUGUCCGAAUUUGUGAAGAUGAAAGAGGGAGGAUACAAACCGGGAGAGGCGAAUCUUCGGAUGAAACAGGAUCUAGAAGAUGGCAAUCCUCAAAUGUGGGAUCUCACAGCGUACCGAAUCCUCGAGACCCCUCAUCAUCGUACGAAGGAUAAAUGGAGGAUCUAUCCCACAUACGACUUCACUCACUGUUUAGUUGAUAGUCUUGAGAACAUAUCACAUUCGUUGUGCACGACGGAAUUUAUCCUCUCCCGCGUAUCGUAUGAAUGGUUAUGUGACGCAUUGGAGGUUUACAAACCCAGGCAGUCCGAAUAUGGCCGAUUACACCUGGAGGGAACAGUAAUGUCGAAAAGGAAAAUCCUUGCCCUCGUUGAGGAAGGUUUUGUUAAAGGAUGGGAUGAUCCUCGACUGUAUACCCUCAUUGCAUUGAGACGGCGUGGGAUUCCUCCUGGCGCUAUCCUCUCCUUCAUCAAUACUCUAGGCGUAUCUACUGCCACGACCAGCAUCGAAGUAACGAGAUUUGAACAGUCUAUCAGACAGUAUUUGGAGAACACGGCUCCCCGUCUGCUUAUGGUGAUGCGACCGCUCAAAGUGACCAUCGAAAAUCUUCCAGAGGACCAUGUCGAAUUCGUGACGAAGUCUCUCCACCCUAAAGUCUCUGUACUGGGAAAUACGACCAUUCCCUUUACUCGCACAAUAUAUAUCGACGCAGAUGAUUUCCGCGUCGAAGACUCAAAAGACUACUUCCGCCUUGCGCCCGGCAAAACUGUCGGUCUUUUCCAGGCACCCUAUCCCAUGACCUGCACUUCGUACAAAACUGAUCCUACCACAGGCGGGGUGACUGAACUUGUCUGUCGGUUAGAGAAUGAGGGUCCGCCGAAGAAACCCAAAGCAUUCAUCCAGUGGGUAGCAGAACACGCACCAUCGGGCAGCCCGGUUCGGGUGGAUGAGACAAGGAUAUUCCAUCAGCUAUUCAAAUCUGACAAACCUAAUAGUGAUUUCCGCUCUGAUAUCGACCCCAAUAGCUUGGAGGUGGUAAAAGGAGCGUUGGUUGAAGUAGGCUUCUGGCAUCUGGCCAAACGGGCUAUUGAAAAUGCCCGUAUGGAGAGUCUUUCUAGAAUGAAACCAUCGAAUACGUCCGAUGUCGCAAUUGACCAGCUUGUAGGCAACGAGUGCGUCCGUUUCCAGGGUCUCCGGAUUGCCUAUUUCUCCCUUGACAAGGACGCUCGCAUUGCCUGUUUGAGUGACGAGUCGGCUGAACGCAAGCAAGGGGAUUACGUGGUACUGAACCGGAUCGUAUCGUUGAAGGAAGACACUGGGAAGUCGGCAUAA